AUGGCUUACGAUGGCUACCAUUCAUCUGCCAACCCCUAUCAGCCAGGAAACAUAAACUUGAAUUUGAACUCCGAUCUGAACGAUCCUCACGGGUACUCGCAAACGCCCCCAUACCCGUCGAGCAGCUACGAGCCCGACCGUCUGGAUAUGCCCCAACCACAGAUGCCCCAACCACAGAUGCCUCCGCCGGGAUCGUCCCCUCACAGCAUGGAUUCAGAUACACCCCGACCGCAGAAUGUCGGACCGGGCCAUGGCUACCUCAACGAGGCUGUCAGCUCGGCCGUCCACCAUGCAAAUUCUUCCGAAUACUUAUCUCCGGAUGUUCUGAGUCAGAUCACCGCAACUGUCAUCCAACAGCUCAAAGCCACGGGUCUGGGCAAUCUUCAAGGCCCUGGCGCAUCCGCUGCACCGCCUUCACGAUCGCAAUCGCAGCAGCCUUCAUGGUCCCAAGGCCGAGAUGUGGCACCUCGCCCGCACUCCGAGUCGCCUCCCAAUGUAUCAAAGCGAGGCGACACUUUGCCGCAGAUUAAUACAAUGUCCAGCAGCUUCGAAUCUACGCAGCCAUAUACCGCCCCUCCGGUACCACCGCCAUCUGGAUUCCCGAGUGAGACCCGCGAUACACGUCCAACCCCGAAGCCGUCGCCAGAUCUGUUGACCAGCAGGCGCGAAUCGGUAUCCAGCCACGGGAGUCAGAAAAUAGAACGGCCGAAACCGCCAUCAAGAGAUGCGACGGUCAUGGAGAUGACGACACUGGAGAAGAUCUGGGGGAAACUGUUUGUGGAUGGGAAGCCAACAAAGAGGCUGGGUCAGUUCUUACGAGGAAUUGCGAUGCACCUGAUUGAGGAUUACCCACCGGGAAAUACCAUCGUGAUUGUUCCGGAUAAGUUGCAAAAGUUUUAUGCUGAUACGGAUGUUUCGUGGGACGCUUAUCCAUGGCAAGAUAUCUUUGAUGACCGAACAUCCUCAAUCUCAAGGCUAUUCCGAGAAGUUAAGGCUCAGCAUCAUCUUGUCCAGCUGGACGACCUCAAGGAACGACCCGAUAUUCCAGGUCUAACACCCAAGGGCUUCGAACUAUGGGCCACGAUUAUGAUUCAAGCUCACCCGGAGCGCGAAUACGAACGUCUACAAAAGGCAGUCCUGAACAUGCCCAUUAGUAACCCCGAUGAUAAGAAAGAGCGCUUCCCCAAGGAGAUCCCGCGCCGGUUGUUCCCUGAGGUGGCAGAUCUCAAAUUGAGAGAGGAAGUCGAGGAGCAUAUCAUGAAGCAUUGCGGUGUCGAUUUGCCCCGUAUUACAGACGAGGAGCGUUCACAAGCGACCCGGUCAAAGAAACCUGCCCCAUCUCACCUUGAACCCUCUCAGCCUGCACCUACCACAUCAGAGUCGACAGAGCGGUCCCGAUCUUAUGAACGAGGUCGACCCCCUCCCAUGGCAUCGUCUUCCUCCGCCGUGAUCGACGACGAAGACGAGCCUCUUCCCCCAAAACCCAUUGAGCGCGAAAGAAAACCAUACACUGCUCACCCCGGCGGUGGAAAGAAGUACGAAGAGACUGGCCACACACGCAGUCGUACAGAGUCCUUCUCAACGGGUCGCCCACUUGAUGUUCCCAGCUCGGCUACAAGCCACCGCCACUCAACCGCAGACAAAUAUAGCGCUGAUCCGCUGUACUCUGCGCGAUCAGGCUCGGGGCAUGGCCAUACACGGCGGCGAUACUCGAGAGGAUCGCGUAGCUCGUCCCGUGGCAUGAGUCACGAUUAUAGACACUCGGAAAGUGACCUGCUCACCCGGGAUGCUGGUCCUCCUCGAUAUGGCGGUGUUUCCACUGGAGAACUAUACACGGAACCUACACCGAUCUUGCCCGACGAGGAUGUUCGUCGGUAUAGAGAACAUCACCGUGGUGGAAGUCGUGCCAGCGAGGAUGAGUACUACCGUGGUCUGCUAGGAGGACAGGGUGGUGGACCCGUACCUGAGCACAAGCGGUACCAUUAA